GUGCAAUAGGUAUACCACUCUAACAUUCAGCAACACAAGAAGAUCACUUACUGCAGGCCUGGGAAAGUGUGGCUGAUGUGAUAUCCCCCCCCCCUCUUCAUCUGUGAGCUCUUCGCCCCUCAACUUUACUCGUGUGUUUUCGUCACGUUUGGUUUGCUUAUAAGCAGGCAAGUGGGGCAGUGUCUCUUCGACUUUCUUUUCGAAAUGUUCUCUGUGUCUUGACAAUUUCUGCAAUUCGAUUGCAAUCUGCCCUACAGAGAAACGAUUUGAUUCCGAGCGACUCGUUCUACACAGAAUUACGUUGAGUAGGUUUAAUGUACCAGUACUUCAUUGAAGUAAAUGUACUUUCGGGAACUUACGUUGACUAGAAGAAAGAUGCUAAGAGCGAAGUCUGGAAUUUUUGGAUAUCGAAAUUGUGACACAAUUAAAAAAUUUCGGUGUAUGUUUCUGUAACCUGCAAACUUCCUCUUGAAUAUAUUUUUAACGUUUUCAAGAAUAAUUUUCGUUGGAUUAUAAAACAAAAUUAUGUCCAACUCUAUACACUUAUAGACUUUGAAAAGGCUGUGAAACUCAUCAGACUUCGCCAAUAAUGGAAAACUGAAUCGUUCAGCUCAUCUUCAAUUGCCUUAUUAUCCUAUUUUACUUCUAUAGUAAAAAAUUUGAAACGUUAUAUUCUAUGUGAAAAAAAAAAACGAAUUAGCAUUUUCCUCCACACAACCUCCGCGUUUCAUAAUGUAAAAGUAGUUCCCAUAUUCUACAUCAACUUCUUCAAAAUGUUGUUUAAAUUUUCGAUGUGAUAGCUAUUUCCUCAGUGUAUUAUAUUCGCAAUUUUCGUUAGAUCUUUCAUUCCAGACAACAACCUGAUUUUUCCCACAUGGUGCUUCCUGAUGAAUAACGCAAAAAAAUUAAACUAUUCAAUCUUUUCUUAACUGGCCGACGAAACCGUUCUCACUACCAACCACAUCAUGUUUGUGUACCAUCGGCAAAGAUUGCAGGGCACUUUUUAACACCUUUAGUUUGAAAAAAAAAAUAGUAGUUUACUAAGAUCUGUUCGAUCAGUUAUCUCGCCCACACACAAAAAAAUAACACCAGCGGUUGAAAUUAAAUUGUUAUUUUUUUUAUGCUAUGUCGCAUAUGAACUCACAAUGUUAUAUGGCAAUGGCAAAGCAGCUGUUUUAAAAUGUAUAGGAGCAUCAUCGAAAAUAAUCGGUUUUUCCAUUUUUAUUGCAGAUUGGUUCACAACUAGGCCAUCGUUGAAGAGUUUCUCAUUUUUUGUUAAUUUUAAGCAUGUGAUGCAGCUUAACUCUUUCCUUUAAGAUUUAAUGGUCCAGAAAACUUUUGUACCUCUUUCUGUAAGUUAUCGCCAUGAGAGUAACGCCUGUGUAUUGCUUCAAGGAGCGAAGAGAAAUGGUAAGCAAGACUACUACCUUUGUUUUGACUCAAGCAUUUUGUACAUAUUAAACACUGAGGUUUUGCAUCGGAAUUGUGUACAGAAAAGUACUUAAUCUCCAACUCCUUCUGAAAAACAGCCUUUUCAGUUUCUUUCUUUUCACUUUUUAAGGAGCUGUAAUAGAAAAAUAGCCAUAGAAAUAACUACAGUCAAAACUAGAAUGAUAGCCACAGUAAUAAACACAAUGAUAACUUGAACGCCCGAGAAAGUUGGAGAAAGAAGAGCUCACUGGUGUUAGGGGGCGGGUAUAUCACGUGAGCCACACUUUGCCAGAGGAUGUCACCAGAGAACUAACCACAGUACAGCCGGCUAUGAAACAUUUGAAGUUCAAAUGGACAUUACUAUUUUCGUAAAUCUGUUGCUCUGGAAAGAACAUUUUGGAUGAAGGCAACGUACUCCUAUAAAGCAUAGCAGAUUUCACAUCCAAUGGUCUGGAUUGCGUCGAAGUUUUCUAUACAUUUGCUAUGCGACAAUAUAUUUUGAACUGGAAAUGACUCAAUUCCUUUUAAUUAUGCUUCGUAGCGUGGAACGUUAUAACACAUCUUUUGUCAGUGAAGAAAACUCGUUUUGUGACUGCGCCAUUCCUUGAUAAGGGAGAUUAAUCAUUAGAGACAGUGAUGAAAGCGCGUGAAUUACGCACCUAGAUAGCGAAUCCUUCAGAACUUUAAUUGAUGUGACAUUCCUGGCUGCUGUAAGAUUCAGAUAUUUCCUAUUCUUAUUUAUUAUUUGGUUGUAGUCGGCGUUGUUUUCAGCCUUCACAGAUUAAAAAUAGUGAAAAAUUGGAAAAGGUAAUUUUCGACCUUCGUGGAGAGCAUACAUUUGUAAAUUUCUCUUCAGAUUUGAAUUGGUACACGUAUUCAAUUGGAUUACGACAUACAAUUGAAAGGUCUAUCAUCUUCGCCAACGCAAACGAAAUUCAAACAGAGGAGAGCGUCUGUGACGUCACAGGUCACGUGUUCCGUACGGAGUGAUAAGUUCGGUACCAGUGAGCUUGUACUCCUUUGCUUGGUGUGGCCAUAUUAGCGUGGCGUAGUUGGGCGUUGCUGUCGGUGUACUUUGUGUUUUUAGUUGUUGAUCCGCUUAAACAUGGCUACGAAGUCUGUAAAGCGGACCACUAUAACUUCUACUGCAUCUUCUUCGAUCUCAUCACCUCAACCUGGCACUUCUACUCCUACACCGGGGUCGGGCAGGCCGGGUAGUCCCUUAAGCCCGACCCGGUACAGCCGUUUGCAGGAAAAGGCAGAUCUCCAAAAUCUCAAUGAUCGGCUGGCAACUUACAUUGAUCGCGUGCGGCAGCUAGAGCAAGAAAAUAGCCUACUAACACGAGAGAUACAGAGUAGUCAGGAAACUGUCACAAGAGAAGUUAAGAACUUAAAAUCAAUCUAUGAGCAAGAGUUGGCCGAAGCCAGGAAGAUGCUGGAUGAAACUGCAAGAGACAGGGCAAGACUCGAGAUAGAAGUAAAACGGCUGAAGGAUGACAACGAUGGCUUGAAAACCCAGUUAGAUCGCAAGUCGAAAGCAUUGGCGGCUGCUGAGAAGAAUCUACAACUCAAUGAUAUGAGACUUAAUGACUUGUCCAACAAGUACAAGCAGGCCGAAAAUGAACGGCUGAAAGCUGUUGAAGAACUGAGGGAACUACAGAAAGAAUGUGAAGCUCUCCGUAAGCAAAUUGAAGAACACCGCAAACAUCUGGCGGAUGAAACAUUACUAAGAGUUGAUGCCGAGAAUGCAUUGCAAACAUUGAAGGAACAACUUCAGUUCAAGGAGCAGGUAUUCGAUCAAGAAUUAUCGGAAGUGAGAACACGGCGUCAGAUUGAAAUAAGUGAAAUUGAUGGAAGACUCACACAGCAAUAUGAAGCUAAGCUUCAACAGUCUUUACAAGAACUAAGAGACCAGUAUGAGCAACAGAUGAAGCAGAAUCGUGACGAGAUUGAAAGUCUGUAUGAGAGCAAGGUUAAGAGUCUACAGAAUCAACUGCAACGCAACAGUGAUGCUUCGUUGAUGGCCGUAGAUGAGCUCAGGCAGUCGCGCACAAGAAUUGAGGGCCUCAAUGGCAGGAUUGCUGAACUGGAGUCGGCUAAUGCAUCUCUUCUGAGACGUUUGCAUGAGCUUGAGAAACUGUUGGAUGACGAGAGACUUAAGUUUCAACUUGACCGUGAUGCAUUGGAAAAGGAACUACAAGCCUUGCGUGAUGAAAUGGCAAAUCAGUUGCAAGAAUAUCAAGACCUCAUGGACAUCAGAGUUGCUUUAGAUCUGGAGAUAGCUGCAUACAGGAAAUUAUUGGAAUCGGAAGAACAGAGAUUGAACAUAAGCCCAGGGCAGUCUCCUGCUUCUCCAGGGCGCGUGUCGAGAAGCACCCCACUGCGCAGAACUCCUGUGAGGGCACAAAAGCGCAAGCGCACUAUGCUGGAAGAAUCUGAGGAAGCCAGUCUUUCAGACUAUAAAGUUAAGAGCAGUGCAAAAGGUGAAGUGCACAUCACUGAAGUCUGCCCAGAUGGCAGAUUUGUCAGACUUCAGAAUAAAAGUGGAAAGGAAGUGAAUUUGAGUGGCUGGCAACUGAUAAGACGUGCAGGUGAUAAUGAAACAGUUUUCAAAUUUCACCGUAGUGUUAAAAUUGAGGGUGGUGCUACCAUCACUGUGUGGUCAUCAGAUGUAGGGCAGACACAUGAGCCACCGAAUAAUAUUGUGAUGAAAGGACAGAAGUGGUUUGUUGGGGAAAGUAUGACUACUACACUUUUGAACAACCAAGGAGAGGAAAUGGCAGUCAGUGAGCGCAAACGCCAAAUAUUGACCAGUUCAUCAUCCCAUCACAGAGAAAUCUCUUCUGGUUAUGGUCACCAUAGAACUUUUGAUAGUGAAGAACUAUAUCACCAGCAGGGUGAUCCGCAAGGAGAAGAUAGAUGCCGGAUAAUGUGAAGAUGGGAGCUGUGAAUGUCUAAAUUUAGAUAGAUCCCAUGAGAGAUGGAAAAUACCCUGCAAGAAGGGUGCAUUAGGUCUCUAAUUUUAUUUGGGAAAAAGGAAAUGUUUAUAAAAUGUAUGAAUUAAUGGUUGGUGCUCUAGGGAUGUUUGGACUGACCUGGAUAAGCUUUUUUGUUGUGUGGGCUCUUGUGGUAAAGUAUAUGGGAGUGUGCUGGUGCCCAUGAUAGUCUGUGACUCCUUUAUGCCGGGUGUUCACACAAGUACAAAAUACUGUGCAUCAUCAUUCAUUUUCAUGAUAGUGCUGUCAAUACGUUUUUGAUGUUUUUUGUGUGUGUAGCAUAGAUUUUGUAUUGAAAUUGGAACAUAUUUAUAAGCAUUUGACUCAUAAGUAUCUUCAUUCCCCAUGGGAUAAUUUAUUAUUCACCACAGAAACUGUGCUGAUUACUUAUACUUCUGUAAUUUAUUUGCAUUGUUCCUUGCCCAGUAAUUUAAUGAUAGGGAACUUAUUUUUGUACUGACUUAAAUACUGUAGGCCUCCCUUAGGCUCUGUGAAUUGACAGUGGCUCAAGCUCAGUAUGAUGAUUUGAGCCGCCCUGCAGGCAGUCCAUAUCAUCCCCCCAUAUUUCCUUCAAAGUGUAUAACAUCACCUAAACUUUCCAGUUACAUUUCAUUUUAAUAUUUUAUUGUACUCAUUCUCAUUUCAUAUAACUUUGUUGUUAAUAUUUGUAGAACUUUUCUGAAAGUUUAUACUUUUAAGAGUGAAGAUCAAAGUGCAAGUGAAGUUUUCAUCUUUCAGCAUAUUUUAGUCACUUUGAUAAUAGACUACUUUUAAUGGUUUUUGAAUGUGCAGAAAACAUUGAAUUGAUGGUCAAUACUUUACAAAAAGACGCUUCAGUUGUGCUGUACUAUUUGUAUACAUCCAUAACUUUUGUGUUUGGAUAAUAUUGUUUUGGAAAAGAUUUUAUCUCUAAAUAUCAAACAUUCCCUUGCACUUAUUAUAAUAAGAAUAUUAUAGUAUAAUGACACUUCUAUCUGCCUGAAAUGCUUCAUGGGGAUGGAAUUGUGAUAAGAGAUAAUUAUUUGCAAACUUGAAAUGUUAACAAAGCCACAAUAUUCUUUAUACUAACAAUAUUUAACAGAUGCACGUUAAGGUGGAUUUAUAAUAAAAAUAAAACUAUCACACCAA